AUGUCAACGUUUGAUGGCAUCGUUCAAGAAUUCCCUUAUAUACAAAUCGACUAUUUUCGCAAGAAUCAAGACAGGCCAUCACCACUUGCCUGCUUCCUUAGCCAUGUACACAGCGGCCAUCUUCAGGGUCUGGAGUCCUUCCGGACUCCUUUCAUCUAUUGCUCUGCAGCUAGAGAGAAGUAUCUGCUCCUGAGCAUCGAAAAAUAUCCCCACCGUAUGGAUUUCAACAAAGGCAUCCUAGAAUCCAGGAGACUGCAUUACAAGCAUCUGUACAAACUUAUUAGAGCAAUCCCGCUGGAUACACCAACAGAAAUCGAAUUCACCCCACGGUUGUCAAUCCGCGUCACCCUCUUUGAUGCAAACCACUGUGCAGGCGCUGUAAUGUUUCUCAUCGAGGGCGAUGGAAAAGAUAUACUCUAUACCGCGGAAUCAUGGUGGGUCAACUGUCUUGUCCGGAACCCAAUCCUGCUCCCAUACGCUUUAGGCGGAAAGCGUUUGGACAAGAUAUACCUCGAUACUACCUAUGCUCGUGCAGAGAACUUCCAUAAACACUUUUCAUCCAAAGCUGAGGGAUUGACAGAACUUCUGCAGAAGAUCAGUCUCUAUCCGGAGGACACCACCUUUUACUUCCGAGCGUGGACAUUUGGCUACGAAGAAGUGUGGGUGGCACUCAGCGCGGGGCUAAAUGCCAGAAUCCACGUGGAUCGAUACCAACUAGGACUAUUGAUCCGUGAGCCUUGCCCGAGGUGGCAACGAGAUAUCAGCUCUGCGGUUUCGAACUUGAAAACAGAGCCAAUCGUCGGCCGCUUGCAGGAUGGCUCACAGUUGCCUGAGGUUGGGAUUGGCGGUGCGCAGGCGAUCUCUAUCAAGUGCAUGAACUUAAGCUACCCGAUCAGGCGUCGGUUAGAAGGUUUGGAAAAGCUAUGUAUCGAACGAAUCCAUGAUAGUCAAGUGCUAUCUCAGACUAGAGAUGCUCUAUUCGAGGCCUUUCGGUCAAAAAGCAAGUCACUCUCACUGGAUAGCUAUGGAAUGAAAGACGAUACGGAUAUCCCUCUCGAAAAGCUGAUUAAUAUUUUGUCUCGUGGCCACAGGGACACACGCUCGUCUGCAGACGUGAAAGACAAAGCAGGCAACCAGCUUCCAAACAUCAUACAAUUCCCUUCCUCCUGCCAUUCAUUGUAUAACGAACUAUGCGAGCUGGUCUCUGCAUUGAUAACCAAAGAUAUCUACCCGUGCACAAUUGAUAUUCUCACCUGGGACGAAAGCAGCUCGAUCCGGGCCCUUUUCAGGCACCUCUGUUCUGGUGAUUACUUCUCUCAUAACACUCACAUGCGGGAGACAAUCGCAAAUGACGAGGACCCACUCCAUUUGAGAAAAAGAGCACGCUAUAAUGAAGGAUCAUCGCCUCAAACAAGUCAACAUUCUAGCUUCGCGGAUAACGAUUUCGACCUUGGCAAUUCACUUGCCAGCACCCAGACACACGUCAAAAGACCAAAGUCGUCAACUUUCCUAACCAAAUACAUCACCAAAGACUUCUCAUCUUCGUCGUCUUCGGGAAAUCUUCUUCCCUCGUCUAUGGAAACGAUCCACGAAACUUAUGUUAACACCAAUACCAAUCCAGGCGAACCCCUCACCGUCCCUGAACCAACCCCCGAAUCUGAACGAGCCAGGCGCAAUGAAAUUUGGCGCGCUUGA